AUGUUGGUAAUUGGUCGUAAGCAUCUGUUCCCUGCUCCUCCUCCUUCUUCUGUUGUAUUCAAAAUCCUGGCCAAAGAUAAGCAAGACAUUAAUGGUCGUGAUCUGUCUCUGCCGGAUCCUGAAUACUUCGAUGUAGUCAUUUCGGCCUUUCUGGAAUACUCGAUCUUGCUGGGCUUGGUCGGGAUAUCGUGUUACUACCUCACAGGGUAUCUGCAAAACAAGCACCAACUCAACCGCUAUUCGGGGCCCUUCCUGGCCAAGUUUUCGAGGCUUUGGCUUGGCUAUGCUACCCGCUUCGGCAGUCGCUAUCAGAUCAUUCAUCAGCUCCAUCAAAAACACGCUUGCCCAUCAAGCUGCUGCUUCUGA